AUCACCGCCCACUCUAACGGUCCAUUUCCCCCCCUAAAUUAAGCCAUCCAUCUCUCUCAGAGCUCAAACAUCCUUCCACCUCUCUCUCUCUCUCUCUCUCUCUGUUUUUUUGGAAACUGAAAUCUUGAAUCUCGAAGCAAAAAUGGAGAACAGUGUGAAUGCAGCAGCCAAAGUUCAGCAUGUGACGAAAGCUUCGUCGGACGAGCUUCUGAGGAAGUUUGCGGAGGUGGGUUCUGAAUCGGAGGACAAGCGAGAGCUGCGAAUCGUCAAGCGCCGGAAAAAGAGCCAGCUUGCCGUGGCGGCAGCCGCCGGGAAAGAAGCGGCGGUGGUGGAGAGGAAGUCCCUCCUCGCUCCGGCGGGUUCCAAGAGGUCGGCGGCGUUGAUUCGGCAUCUCGGAAUUGGGAAGGCCAGGGUCCGAGCUAGGGAGCUCAGGAACAGGUCUUUCAUGGGUACCAUAGAGAAGACAUGGAGAAAGACCAUUGGGGGGGCUUCCAAGGUCUUCAUGGAGAAACAUUAUAACCGACACAAACGUCUUAUAAAUGACAUCUACUAGGUAAACCUUAGCUUGUUAAAUGCUAAUUUUGCAGAAUCCAUCUGUAAAGAAACUGCAAUGAGUUUUUUGGCUAUUUAGCAUGACAAUGUAUUAGUGUGUAUUUAGCAGCAUUCUUUGAUUUGUCAAAUUAAAUCUCACUGAAUAAAGUUCUUUCAUUUCAACCAUUCA